AUGCCUCGUCAUCACGACCAGUACGCAAACGAUCCCUAUUACUACGAUUAUCCUCCCACGUCGCACAGGGACUAUCAUCGCUCGCACAAUCAUCAUCAUGGCGACGUUAUUCGACGACCACGAGCCCAAUCUCCGCCCUACCGACGAAGCCGGAGCCUAGAUCACGCUCACAGGGAGAGGCUCCGAAGCCCACCGCGAUCCAGACAUCACCACGGACAUCGAAAUCACUCCCCAUCCCCUGAGCGCCGACCGCCUCACCACCAUCACCGUGCUCACCAUAGAGACCACGGCGGUUCCAGGCGACCCAGGAGCUCCUCUCUCUCCAACGAGCGGCUCGGCCACGUCGCCAAAGCAGCAGUUGACGCCGCCGCCAUCGAGGCCAUUCGCCAGCGACACCAACCCGGGACGUGGACAGGCAGCAAGGGCGCCCGAGUCGCGACGGCCGCUGUCGGCGCUGCUGUAACCGACCACGUCAUUGACAAGGACCCAAAUAAGGGCAAGCGGCACUUGGUGGAAUCUACGCUGGGAGGGCUCUUGGCCAAUCGGCUCAUCAAUGGAUCUCGGGACGACGCAAAGCGUCGAGAGUCUGUACAUCGACGGAGAUGA